AUGGCGCUAAAAGCAUUUGCCACUUAUGGACAACAUCGAGUGUCAGCAUGCCGUAUACCAAAACGUUGUCACAAGUGUGGGCGCAAGCACCAUACCACAAUCCAUCAAGCCAAUUCUCAACCGUCUUGCUCGGAGUCUGGUUCUACAAAGUCGAUUGAAUCUACUGCGACAGCUCCUAAGACGACUGAUACACACGUCUUACAUUCGAUAUCUUCACAGAAGAUUUCAUCAUGCGUUUUUUUGGCAACCGCUCAGGUAACUGUUGUGGCACAAAAUGGAGAAAUCUCCAGAGUUCGAGCCUUAAUAGAUCAAGGCUCUGAAAUUUCCUUAAUUUCGGAACGUCUGGUACAAAGACUUAAACUUCCUCGAAGAAAAUCAUCACUUCCAUUAGUCGGUAUAGGAGCACAAAAAUCCAGCCAAACUCGAGGCAUUACUUCUUUCAAACUCAGACCUUAUGAUGGAGAUCUUGAACAUUGUAUCUCGGCUCACAUACUACCAAAAUUUACAUCUUCAAUUCCUUCUAUAAUCGAAGAAGGAAUUAUCAAAGGAAACGGUAAUUCUCCUAUUGCACAAUCAACCAAAUUCGGAUGGAUCAUUUCUGGUCCAUCAGGCGCAAACGAAUCAUCUGCUAUCAAACACAGUUAUCAUGUCUCAAUGGAUAGAGAGCUUCAUGAUUUAUUGUAUCGCUUUUGGGAACUUGAAGAAAUACCAUCUCGGAAGAAUUCCUCAAUCUCCAAUGAAGAACAAGAAUGCGAGCAACAUUUUAAAUCUACUCACGCGCGCGAUGCUCACGGACGUUACAUUGUCAAACUUCCAUUCAAGGACGAUGUUAACAAACUUGGCGACUCUCGAAUAAAGGCUGUCCGAAUGAUCAAAGGUUUAACCAAGAAGUUUGCAUCCGAUCAACAAUAUGCGCAAUCUUACGCUCAAUUCAUGAAAGAAUAUGAGGAGUUACACCACAUGAAGCUCCUGCCAGAAGGCUUAACUAAAUCAGAGCUUCCACAUGUUUACUAUCUCCCACAUCACGGGGUCGUUCGUCAGCAGAGUUUAACCACAAAAUUACGAGUUGUAUUCAAUGGAUCCAGCCGUACUACCACCGGAAUUUCACUAAAUGAUAUAUUGCACACAGGAGCAAAGUUAUAG